AUGGAGAAAUCAGAUACAAAGAAGCCAAAAAUCAACCCAAACAUCAAAAUAACCCCUACUGCUAAAGCCGAAGAGACCAAAGAGUCCUCUGCAGCAGAGACUAAUAAGAUCAUCCAAGAGAAACUCAAAGAUUUUGAGAUUGAACAGCAGAAGAAAGAGGAGGAGAAGUCUUUGGAAGAACAGAAGCAAAAGAUCGUCAAUGAAGUCAAGAAGAUGGCCGAAAAAGCAGACGAUAUUAUAUCCAGAGAUAAGUACGAACUCAAAGAGAACAUCAACGCAGAGGAGAAGGUCAAGGCUAUGUAUGACCUUUUUAAGACCAUUUCUGAGUCAUGCUACGAGGACUCAGUUGAUUUUGUCAAGCAUUCCCUUGAUUCAGAAAUUGAUGAAAGGCUCAUGCAGAUUCUCAAUAAUUACGAAAACAAUGAAAGCAAUACUAUUCACAAACUACAAAUUUUAAUCAGAGAUUUGCAGGAUAAGACACCUAAAAUUCAUGAGGAAGUUGACAAAUUUAUUGAAGCGCAAAAGGAAUGGCGGAAAGAAAAAGAACUCGAAUUCCAGAAAUCUAUCCAAACCAUCAGAUCCCAAAUGGCUCCAUCCAACCCAGAAACUGGCGAAAAUGAAAUGCUCUCUAAAUACAAUGAAUUGUGCGAAUACGUGGAUACGAUGAAGAACGAGGGCAUUGACAACAUCAUCAACGAGCGUGAUGAGAAGAUCAAGGAGCUCAGAGAGACCAAAGACAUCAAAUUAACAGAGAGUAAAAAUAACAUCGAGGAGAAAAUACAAGUCCUCAAGCGUGAAAAUGACAAGCUCAAGAAGGAACUUCCUCAAUCAAGGAAGGACUACACUAAACAUAAAAAUGAGUCAAAGAAAUUAGUCCAGAUCAUUGAGGCUAAUAAUAAGAAGAAGAGAUCAUAUAAGGACAAUAUUACAAAGCUCAAUGAUCAGCUUAAGGAACACAAGAAAAAGCAGAAGGAGUUGUCAGACCUUGUAGAUUCCUUGAAAGAGCACUAUAAUGACGCCUCUCAGUAGAUUC